AUGAAUUGUUCAUCACGAAACUUUUUCACCUGCUUUGAAGAUCUUCCAAACGAAAUAAUUUAUGAAAUAUUCGAAUAUCUUGAUUUUUAUGAUAUUGAUCAAGCUUUCUCAAAGCUUAAAUUCCGAUAUUAUAGUCUUCUUAACAAUUCAACAUAUCAUAUUAAAAUAAAUGUUUCAUCAAUGUCUAAAAGCACCUUUGCAUCUUAUUGUAAAGAUAUUAUUAUUCCUUAUGAAGAUCGAAUUUAUUCAAUUAAUUUAUCAAAUUUAUUCAUUUAUGAUCUAUGUUCUUCACCAUUUCACAGUCUGUCACAAUUUCUUCGGCUUGAAAUACUUAUUCUUCAAAAUAUUGAAUCAAAUUAUCUUGAAAAUCUUCUACCACAUUUAUCUUCAUUACUCAAUCUUUCAUCAUUAAUUAUCAUGACGAUUGGUUAUUUUCAUAAUGUCAACAAACUUUAUCAUACAGUCUUUCGUUUAACUGCAUUGAAGUAUUUUAAAGUAUCAGUAAAUGAACACUAUGUUAAUGAAAUACUAUCUAUCACUAAAAAUCACUACAGCUCUCUUGAGCAUUUCGUUGUCGAUAGUCAUUAUCAAAUUGAUGAUCUCAGUAUACUUUUAUCCUAUGUUCCAAAACUUCGUCGUUUAUCGUUUAAGAAACUAUCGGAAUCAUAUUAUUUACAAAUGCAUAUGCAACCUAUUAUAUUAAAUAGUUUAACACAUCUUUCGCUUCAAACAAAACAUAUUAUUUUUGAUAAAAUUGAAUUAUUUAUUAGAAAUCUUUCUCAUCAACUUCAAGUCUUUCGUUUUUCAACAGAAUUUGAUGUAACAUAUUUAAAUGCAAAACGAUGGCAGGAAUUAAUUGUAUUUCAUAUGCCAUGCUUACGUAUAUUUGAUAUUGAACUUCAAGCAAAAUAUUAUGAUAAUCAAAAUGAAUUUCAUAUUUCAAUAAAUCAAUUCAUGUCUCCAUUUUGGUGGCAACGACAAUGGUUUUUUACAUAUGAAUAUACAGAUUAUUUAGCAAGAUUUUAUUCAAUAGAACCAUACAGACGAAAACAUUACAUACUACACAAUGGACUAUGUCAACAUACAUAUCCAUAUCGAAAUAACAACAAUCUAUGUUCCGUUAAUCAUAUUUCUAUUCGAGAUGAUAUAGACAUAAAAAAUAAUUUAAUUUAUUUUCCUCACGUUACUGAACUAACACUUUUUGAUCAUUCUAACAAAACUCUUCAUUCAAUUUCUACUAUACUUGAUCGAACUAUACCAUUAAUACAACUUUUCAAAAUAUCGAUUAAUUGUCGUCAAUUUUGUAUUGGUAAAUUAAUGGAAUUAUUAUAUUUUUCACCAAAUAUUCAUAUAUUAAUGAUUAAUUCAAUAUCAUUAACUAAAGUAAGUUCGACGUCAAUAGAACAAACUCAAACAUUUCAAGCGAUAUGUAAUACAAAUAAAAUUACAAAUCUAACAAUUAAAGAAAGUACAACAAAAGAAUGUAUACUUCUAUUUAUUAAACUUUGUCCUCAAUUAGAACAACUUACCGUUGGAAUACAUUCAUAUGUUCUUUUAUCAAUUAUAUCAAAUUUAUUGUUGGAAUUUGAGAAGUGUUGUAAACAUUUAUCUUGUAUUGAUCCAAUGACAAGUAAUCAUAUUCCAUUCCAAACCACAGACUAUGAAAAUAUAUCAACCACGGAUCGUUUAGCACGUAGUCGUGCACAACAUCUUCAAUUACGAGAAAAUCGACCGAAAUCGGUUUCAGAUGAUGAAAUUAAUGCGGGUUCAGAUUGGUCUGAUUCUGAUCGUGAAUGUUGUCCAUUGAGUGACUUUGAAUCAACAUCAAAUAAUGAUGGAACUGAUGAUAAUGAAGAUAAUAAUAGAAAUAAAUUAUCAGAAGAAAUCUCUCAAUUAAAUAGUCCAUUGUUAUCAAGAAAUCAUUUACAUGUUACUGAAAUACCAGAUUCAAUAAUUGAUGAUAGUAUAACAAGUACACGGAUAUCGUUUACAAAUGAAAUUGAAAAACCAAAAGAACAAUGUACUAAAAAUACAUCGGUUAACUCAGUACAAUUACGCAAACAAUUUCAACAACCACUAUUACCUGCUCGACGUAUUGAGACAAAACAAGUGUCAUUACGUUGUUCAUCAACUCGUUCAAUAAUUACUUCUCAAUUGUCGUAUACUUCUCGUAAUAAUAAAAAAAUCAUGCCUACUCCAACACGUAUUUAUUUACGUCGUGAAACUACUUCUACUACUAUAAGUUUAAAUACUCAUUUAACAAAGGAUUCGACUGUAUCAUCAUCAAUUUUUUCAUUUCAAAGUCAUGAUGAUAAUCAAAAUCAACGACAAAUAAUAUCACCAAAUUUUAGUCAAACAUCCGUACCACGUGCAUAUGAAAUUAAAAAAAUCUUUGUUGAUGAUUACGAUUAUGGUCGUUUAACUGAUAUAUCACCAAUACGAUCAUCUCAACCACGUAGUCGUCAAAAAUGGGGUACUAUUGUACAUCCACCAUUUCCACUUGGUUAUCAACAUAUAGCUCCUGAACAAAUAACACGAGCUGUUGAACGUCUUUCAAAUCCUGCACGAUGUCGUGAUCGACAUACUCGUAAUGAAACACCAUCCAAACGUUAUUUAUCGACUGAAGAAACUGAUGCUUUGAUAAAUCGAUUAAGUAAAGUAAAAACUAUUCAAUCACCUGAUCAAUAUUGUCCAAUACAGAGACAAUCUAGAACAGUUAAAACAUUAAAUAACAACUGGAAAGUUAUUGAACCUUUGGAAACAAAUCCAAUGCCAAUAUAUGAAAUACCUCGAGAUGAUCAACAAGAUAAUAAAGAAAGUAUUAUUCUUCGAAGUUCUCUUGGUGAUUCAACUCGACAUACACCAUUUACUGAUUAUCGAUCAUCAUCAACAAUGUCUUCACACGUAAGAGAACCAGCUUCAAUGUAUACACUUCAAAGUCGAGAUCAACCAAUAAUAAAAGGAAAUCGACAAAUGUCAUUUCCUAUUGAACAAGAACAACAAUCAACUACACCAACAUUUUUUUUCGAACCUACAAUUAUCUCACAACCAAUACUUUAUAAUAUUGCCAAUACCAAACGUAUUGCAAUAAUUGAUCAAUCAACAUCUAUCGAACAAGAACAAUAUAUUCCUACAAUUUAUUCAAUAAGCGGACAACCUCGUCGUCUUACUGUAGAUAUGAAUGCUAAUAGUUUAGACACACCUACUCAAGUUAUCAAUAAAUCUCCUAUCCUUUAUUCCAUGAUCAAUGGUCCACCUGUUGAAAAUGAUAUUCAAGAAUCAAAUAAACCAUAUUUACAACCACCACCACCACCAACUGUUUAUUCCAUUGUUGGUAGUCCAGCACGUACAUCACGUGGUGUACAAGUAAGUCCACUUGAUCCUGUUCAACCAGCACCAAUUUUAUAUACCAUUACGGGUGAUACAUCAACACCAAUAAAUAGACCAGUAGAGAACAUUUCACCACCAACUACAACGAAACCAUUAAAAGAUGCUACUAUGUAUACGUUAGGAAAUCAAGGUAAUGUUCUUCGAACACAACAACAGCAACAACAACAACAACAACCAAUUCAACCACCUACACUUUAUGCAUUAGUCAGUCAACCAAAUUCACUACCAAAACAGCCAACAAAAAAGUCUCCAACAAAACCGACACCAACAACAACAAUAACUACUGAACAUAUUAAUCGUAAUUUCGAACGAAAACCCGAAGCAAUCAAUGAAGAAAUUGUAGCAUAUUCAAUAGCAAACACUAAACAGGAACCACAAGCAAGAGAAUCCAAAGUUCCAAAACCAGAAGCAAUAUUAAUUUCUCUUCAUGAUGAUGAACAUCGUACACGUCCUCGAACAGCUCAUCAAUCACCUCUUUUUUAUGCAACUCCAGAACAAACACAACGUAAACCUCUUACUACAAUACAAAAUCACCCAAUUCAAUUGUCUGAUUAUCAUUCAUCACAUGCAUAUCGAACACAGAAACCAUAUCGUGAACGUAAUUAUAAUAAUAAUCCAUUGCCAGUUGUAUCCAAUAAUCGCUUUGAGCGAAAACCAAAACCACCACUUAAUCAAACACGUUCGCAUGUUGAACGUCAACAACUAAAUGUUCCAUCAAAAUCAACAUCUUUAGAAAGAUAUCCUGUUAAUAGAAAUGCACGUCUUGGUUUAUGGGAUAAUGGCUACCAAACACAAACUGAUGAUGAAGAAGAAUAUACACGAAAAACUACUAAGAAAAAACGAAAUCAAAAAAAGACGCAACCACGUGCACCUUGGAUACCUGUUUGGUAA